GGGGAAUUAGUGGUGGUCGGGGCUUCUCUUCCAGGACUUUCCUCUUAUACUAACGUCAGUUUGAAGACCGGCUGCAAAAUGCACAGCAUCUGAGAACGCGGCGCGCGCUGUGGAGAAGUUCCUGUGCAGUGCAUCAUCAUCCAGACGUGGCAGCACCAUGGAGGAAACACUUAAAGAGCAGGACACUUGGGCUCUGAACGAGUCGUGGAGAAAUUACACCUUGGGCAACGACACGGAUGGUGCCAAUCAGACUGUGAAUCCGCUGAAGCGCAAUGAGGAGGUGGCUAAAGUGGAGGUGACGGUGCUGGCCCUGGUCUUGUUCUUUGCCCUCGCUGGGAACCUGUGCGUGCUGCUCGCCAUCCACACGGCCAAGCACGGCCAGUCGCGCAUGUACUACUUCAUGAAGCACCUGAGCAUCGCCGACCUGGUGGUGGCAAUCUUCCAGGUGCUGCCUCAGCUCAUCUGGGACAUCACCUUCCGCUUUUACGGGCCCGACUUGCUGUGCAGGCUUGUGAAGUAUCUCCAGAUCGUCGGCAUGUUCGCCUCCACCUACAUGCUCGUGCUGAUGUCCAUAGAUCGGUGCCUGGCCAUCUGCCAGCCCCUGCGCUCUUUGCACAAGCGAAAAGACCGCUGCUUCGUGCUGCUCUCCUGGGUGCUCAGCUUGCUCUUCAGCAUCCCGCAGGUCUACAUCUUCUCUCUCCGGGAGGUCGGAUCUGGAGUCUACGACUGCUGGGGAGAUUUUGUGCAGCCGUGGGGCGCCAAAGCCUAUAUCACCUGGAUCAGCCUCACAGUCUAUAUCAUUCCUGUGGCUAUCCUGAGCAUUUGCUACGGUCUCAUAAGCUUUAAGAUCUGGCAGAACUUUAAGCUGAAGACCAGGCGCGAGCAGCAGGUCGUCACUCUGAGCCCCACAGCCGCGCGCAACGGCGUGCUUUUGGCGCACGUCAGCAGCGUCAGGCUCAUCUCCAAAGCCAAGAUCACCACAGUUAAAAUGACAUUCGUCAUCGUGUUGGCUUACAUCGUGUGCUGGACUCCGUUUUUCUCCGUGCAGAUGUGGUCAGCGUGGGAUCCAGCUGCGCCCCGGGAGGCAAUGCCCUUCAUCAUCUCCAUGCUGUUGGCCAGUUUGAAUAGCUGUUGUAACCCCUGGAUCUACAUGUGCUUCGCUGGACACCUGUUCCAUGACCUGAAGCAGAACUUUCUAUGCUGUCCGACACUUUACCUGAAGUCCUCUCAGUGCCGCUGUGAUCUGGAUCACAACUCGAGCCGCAAGAGCAACUACUCCACUUACAUCAUGAAGAGCACCAGCAGCCAAAGAAGCAUUACCCAGACAUCAUCCACAUAAACACUGACACUUCUCACACAUGAGGACUGGGCAUAGACCCAUACAGAUUGGAACAAUGAUGUGCACAGAUGGUUGUAAACAUAUUGAGAGGAGCCUAAUGAAACUCACUAUCAGGUGGAAGCUUUGGCCCAAUUGCUGUGAUCACUUCCUGGACAGAAAAAAAGACCACCAUCAGGAUGAGGAGAGGGUGACUGUAAUGUCACAGCAGAUGGCAUGUUACCAUAAAUGCAGCCAAGAAAAUGUUUGGCUCCAUAUUAAAAUCGGUUUGCAUUUUGGCUUCCAAUAGAGAAGGCUUUUUUGAAAAACUAUGGGUCAUUUUUUCCGAUUCUCACAUAUGAGCAUAUUAUUCAGUCAGUAUUGUCAUUCAUCAACAUUCCGUUCAUUCUCAAAAAAGAAAGGAAAUAUUUCAUAGCUUACUUUUCUUGUUACUCAAAAUCAAAUGUUGUGAAAGCUGCAUGCAUUUUGCGGAUUUAAUAACAAAAGGAAUAUUUAAGGUGAUAAAAAAAUAGGAAUAUAAAUGUUGCAUUUUUAUAAUAAAAUUUUCUUCAUUUAAUAUUUUUCAAAUAUAUCGUGGGGAAAAUUGAAUCGUGAACCCAAUGAAAAGUUCAGAUCAAUGAUGAGGACUUGACUCCAUGUUUCAGUAUCAACCUGACAGCAGUAAUGCCUGCAGUAAUUCACAAGUUUGCUUUUGUUUUCUUCUGUCCAUUUUUUAAAAGACAUAUUUCUGUUUUGUUUGCUUUUUUAAUUAUUUAGGAGUCCAUUAAGAGCUCAGUAUUACUUUCCCUUUCCUUGCUCAUGACUUAUUUAGAUUCUUUGGUUUUAUUCAACCAGCAGGAUCUUCUGGAUCAGUUUCAUUGCUAGUUUUUUUUUUAAACAUACAAAAAGAUGUUAACAGAAAGCAUGACCCCAAUGACAUAACGCUUGUUUAUUGAAAAAAAAAAUUCUGAAUAUUUCUCUAAAAAAUGAGUUGGCCUUACCUUUUUGGUGCAUCUUUAACAGAUAUUUGAAGGCAAUGUGUUUUGUCCAACAACACAGAAACCUAGCAUCAUUUUCUUCACUUGCUGCAUGCUGUAAGACAGGAAUUCCUAAUGUCUCAUUAAAAAAAAAAACAAAAACAAAUCCAGCAGUAAAAUGAUUGUUCAAUGAUUAUGCUUCUUUCACCAUGUUUAAUUCUAUU